CCCCUUUUCCAGGAUCACUUGCACUGGCUUGUUCUUGAAUGAGAAGAAAAAGAAAAUAGACUUCCAUUACUCAUACCUUUGUAAACACCCCUCACCCCGAGGAGAAGAAUGGUGUUCUCUAAAUGAAUCAUAAUAAAAUAGCCUCUAAACAGUUCCUAAGCAGGAGCCUCAGUGGAACUCAGCGCUCCGCUCCUCCCAGUUCCUAAGAGGUCCCGGGAUUCUUGAGCUGUGCCCAGCUGACGAGCUUUUGAAGAUGGCACAAUAACCGUCCAGUGAUGCCUGACCAUGACAGCACAGCCCUCUUAAGCCGGCAAACCAAGAGGAGAAGAGUUGACAUUGGAGUGAAAAGGACGGUAGGGACGGCAUCUGCAUUUUUUGCUAAGGCAAGAGCAACGUUUUUUAGUGCCAUGAAUCCCCAAGGUUCUGAGCAGGAUGUUGAGUAUUCAGUGGUGCAGCAUGCAGAUGGGGAAAAGUCAAAUGUACUCCGCAAGCUGCUGAAGAGGGCGAACUCGUAUGAAGAUGCCAUGAUGCCUUUUCCAGGAGCAACCAUAAUUUCCCAGCUGUUGAAAAAUAACAUGAACAAAAAUGGUGGCACAGAGCCCAGUUUCCAAGCCAGCGGUCUCUCUAGUACAGGCUCCGAAGUACAUCAAGAGGAUAUAUGCAGCAACUCUUCAAGAGACAGCCCCCCAGAGUGUCUUUCCCCUUUUGGCAGGCCUACUAUGAGCCAGUUUGAUAUGGAUCGCUUAUGUGAUGAGCACCUGAGAGCAAAGCGCGCCCGGGUUGAGAAUAUAAUUCGGGGUAUGAGCCAUUCCCCUAGUGUGGCAUUAAGGGGCAAUGAAAAUGAAAGAGAGAUGGCCCCGCAGUCUGUGAGUCCCCGAGAAAGUUACAGAGAAAACAAACGCAAGCAAAAGCUGCCCCAACAGCAGCAACAGAGUUUCCAGCAGCUGGUUUCAGCCCGAAAAGAACAGAAGCGAGAGGAGCGCCGACAGCUGAAACAGCAGCUGGAGGACAUGCAGAAACAGCUGCGCCAGCUGCAGGAAAAGUUCUACCAAAUCUACGACAGCACUGAUUCUGAAAAUGAUGAAGAUGGUAACCUGUCUGAAGACAGCAUGCGCUCAGAGAUCCUGGACGCCAGGGCCCAGGACUCUGUCGGGAGGUCAGAUAACGAGAUGUGUGAGCUAGACCCAGGGCAGUUUAUUGACCGGGCUCGAGCCCUGAUCAGAGAGCAGGAAAUGGCUGAAAACAAGCCAAAACGAGAAGGCAACAACAAAGAAAGAGACCACGGGCCAAACUCCUUACAACCAGAAGGCAAACAUUUGGCCGAGACCUUGAAACAGGAACUGAACACUGCCAUGUCGCAAGUUGUGGACACUGUGGUCAAAGUCUUUUCAGCCAAGCCCUCCCGCCAGCUUCCUCAGGUCUUCCCACCUCUCCAGAUUCCCCAAGCCAGAUUUGCAGUCAACGGGGAAAACCACAAUUUCCACACCGCCAACCAGCGCCUGCAGUGCUUUGGCGAUGUCAUCAUUCCAAACCCCCUGGACACCUUCGGCAACGUGCAGAUGCCCAGUUCCACAGACCAGACAGAGGCACUGCCCUUGGUUGUCCGCAAAAACUCAUCUGACCAGUCUGCCUCCGGACCCCCUGCUGGUGGCCACCACCAGCCUCUGCACCAGUCACCUCUCUCUGCCACCACAGGCUUCACCACAUCUACCUUCCGCCACCCCUUCCCCCUCCCCUUGAUGGCCUACCCGUUUCAGAAUCCACUAGGUGCUCCUUCCGGAUCCUUCUCUGGAAAAGACAGAGCCUCUCCUGAAUCCUUAGACUUAACUAGGGAGACUACGAGUCUAAGGACCAAGAUGUCAUCCCAUCACCUGAGCCACCAUCCUUGCUCACCAGUCCACCCACCCAGCACCGCCGAAGGGUUGUCCUUAUCACUCAUAAAGUCCGAGUGUGGUGAUCUGCAAGACAUGUCUGAAAUUUCACCUUAUUCGGGAAGUGCAAUGCAGGAAGGAUUGUCUCCCAAUCACUUGAAAAAAGCAAAGCUCAUGUUCUUUUAUACUCGUUACCCCAGCUCCAAUAUGCUGAAGACCUACUUCUCCGAUGUAAAGUUCAACAGAUGUAUUACCUCUCAGCUUAUCAAGUGGUUUAGCAAUUUCCGUGAGUUUUACUACAUUCAGAUGGAGAAGUAUGCACGCCAAGCCAUCAACGAUGGGGUCACCAGUACCGAAGAGCUGUCUAUAACCAGAGACUGUGAGCUGUACAGGGCUCUGAACAUGCACUACAACAAAGCAAAUGACUUUGAGGUUCCAGAGAGAUUCCUGGAAGUUGCGCAGAUCACGUUACGGGAGUUUUUCAAUGCCAUUAUCGCAGGCAAAGAUGUUGAUCCUUCCUGGAAGAAGGCCAUAUACAAGGUCAUCUGCAAGCUGGAUAGUGAAGUCCCUGAGAUUUUCAAAUCCCCAAACUGCCUACAAGAGCUGCUUCAUGAGUAGAAAUUUCAACAACUCUUUUUGAAUGUCUGAAUAGUAGCGGUCCCCUUUGGCUGUCUAAGUUAUAUGUGUCUACACUUUGAUUUCAUAUAUAUGUGUAUGGGAGGCAUGGAUGUGUUAUGAAAUCAGCUGGUAAUUCCUCCUCUUCACCUUUCCCUCAUUUCUUUUGUUUUCCAUUGCAAGGGGAUGGUAAUUUUCCUUCCAUUUUCAGUUUAUUUUUGCCCAAGGCCCUUAACAUUUGAAGACUUAAAAUAGGGUUGAUUUUCAGGGAAAAGAAAUGUUGAUGUGUAUAAAGUCGAUAUUAGCAAGGAAGGGUAUUUGUUAACAAUGCCUGUGCUUGAUUGAUGACUUUUGCAAAUGUCGUUGACCAAGGGGAGCCCAGUGACGCAACACAAUUCUACAGUGAUGUGUCUCAUCGUUUUACUGCUAAGGAGGACUGAAAAUUCAAUGAAACCACUUCAGAAAUUUAAAUACUUGGUUUGAACUCGUGGCGUUGAUUUUUCUUACAUGUUUAAAACU